AUGAAGACGGCUGCUCUUGCGGGGCUCGGUCUGCUCCAGAUCCUGCCAUCGACGGCCGAAUAUGUCUGGCCUUCGCAAUACGACUACCUGGAGGAUUUGCGGUACCUCCAGAGCGGCUAUAUUCGCGAGGGCUUCGUCGACGGUGUGAAUCCCUGCGACUUCUCUUCGGCGGGAGCGGGCCGGCAGACAGCAGCAGAAUGGGUGCGCACUGCGUACCACGACAUGUCGACGCACGACGCGGCAGCCGGCACGGGCGGGCUGGAUGCGUCCAUCAUGUUCGAGACGGAGCGGGACGAGAACGUCGGGGAUGCCUUCAACGGCACCUUUGGAUUCACAAACAACUACCACACCAUCCGAGCCUCGACUGCCGACCUCAUCGCUCUGUCCACCGUCGUCGCCGUCGGCCGGUGUGGCGGGCCCAAGAUUCCCUUCCGCGUGGGCCGGAUCGAUGCCACUGAGGCCGGGCCGCUGGGUGUGCCAAAGCCGGACCAAGACAUCGACACGCACACUCAAAUCUUCGCCAAAGCCGGCUUCAACACCUCCGACAUGAUCGCCAUGGUGGCGUGCGGACACACGCUCGGCGGCGUCCACGGCAAAAACUUCCCCGAAAUCACCCUCAACUCGUCCGACACCAACUUCGAGCACUUCGAAGCCGACGACUCCUUCUCCUUGUUCGACAACGCCGUCGUGACGGAAUACCUCGACGACAGCACCGACAACCUGCUCGUCCACGGGCCCAACGCCACGCUCAACAGCGACGCCCGCGUCUUCGCCGCCGACAACAACGCCACGAUGCGCGCCCUCUCCGACGCCGCCACCUUCCAAUCCUCAUGCGCCUCGAUCCUCGGCCGCAUGAUCGACGCCGUCCCCGCCGGCGUCGCCCUCUCCGACACCUUCGCCACCGACCCCAUCCCCAUCAAACCCUACAUCACCUCGCUCGCCCUCCUCAACGCCACCCACAUCUCCUUCACCGGCCGCAUCCGCGUCUACCUCACCCCCGCCGGCACCCAGCCCGACGCCCACACCGUCUCCCUCACCUACCUCCCCGCCCGCGACGUCGACACCAACACCAACGGCACCGCGCUCAACACCACCAUCUCCACCGUCCGCGCCACCUACCGCCUCGGCACGUCCGUCGGCCUCUUCGGCGAGACCUUCACCUGGCACGAGUUCUCCACCACCAUCCCCGCCGCCUCGGGCAUCGCCGGCUUCAACGUCACCGUCGUCGACCGCGCGUCCGGCGCCGCCACCGUCUACGACAACGCCGGCUCCGCGACGGGCUACCCGCUCGACGACAGCUUCAUGUACCUGGCGAAGCGGUCGUGCUCGGCGGUGCCGGCGGGCGACGACGCGAAUACCAGCGUCAGGCGGGACGUGACGGUGCGGGCGGCGGUGCGGAAGGAUGUGUUGGCGGAAGAUGGCAGUGUCGCGGUGGAUGUGGUGAAGAAGGUGGCGAGGGUGGGGGUGGCGGUGCCGAAGCUGGAGGUGGAGCGGUGGGAGGAGUCGGAGGCGGGCAAGGCGAGCAGGGAGGAGGUCGGCGAUUGGGUCGUGUUUGAGGUGACGGGGCGGGUCGAGGGCGACGGGCUGAGCACGACGUUUGACAUUUUGAGCGGGGAGAAGAAGAUUGAGUAUCAGCGGACGGGCGCGCUGCUGGAUCAGCCGUGCAGUGCGCUGGCGGCCGCGUGA